CCUUUGGGGGCUCAAGCCAGCCCGGCGCCAGUGGCCGUCGGAGCCCCCCAUCGGGCCAGAGGCGACCGAGGCAUCAUGAAGAAGAAUUCGGAGAAGGCCCUUCUGGACCGCAUUAAGAACUUUCAGAAGAACGAUAAGGCGAACAAGAAAUGUGCAGACUGCGGCGAGGUUGGCCCCACGUACGUCAACGUCACGCACGGCACUUUCGUAUCCACGACGGCGGCAGGCAUCCUCCGUGAGUUCGGUUUCAAGAUCAAGGGCAUCUCCAUGUCCAAGUGGACCGUCGAGGAGGUGGAGGACUUUCCCCGAUUUAGAGAGAGCUGGCAACCAGAAAGCUGCAGAGCAGUGGCUUGA